GGUCAUCACAGUGCCGAUCCCGGGGUCUUCACAUAUUUGCGAUCCCAAUAAUCCGAGUUGGGGGCAAAAACUUUUGAUUUUUUGCGUAUUUUCUUGACCCUCCUGCCGACCUGACCACUUAAGUUAAAAUUUAGAGUGCGGAUAUCCUGGCUACUACGAAAGCAUCAUACCCACUUUAACGAAAUGUUACAAGCAGAAGAUAGCAGCGUUUUGUGGUUGGUUGUGCUAGGAUUUAUAAUUGCUUUUGUUCUUGCUUUUGGAAUUGGAGCCAACGAUGUUGCUAAUUCCUUUGGAACUUCAGUUGGUUCAAAAGUCCUAACACUCUUUCAAGCAUGUGUCAUUGCAAGUAUUUUUGAGUUAGGAGGAGCUAUUCUGAUUGGAUCGAAAGUGUCUGACACUGUUCGAAAGGGUAUUAUCGAUAUAAAUGGCUUUCAAGGCAGUGAAGAACUUGCAAUGGUAGGUGCAUUUAGUGCACUUACAGGAACAAGUGUGUGGUUAUUAAUAGCUACAUUUUUUGCACUACCUGUGUCAGGUACUCAUAGCAUAGUUGGUGCAACAAUUGGAUAUGGUGUUGUUGCUUUUGGAGGGAGUGGGAUUACAUGGCCUACCUUUGGAAAAAUUGCUGCUUCUUGGAUCAUUUCCCCACUGUUGUCUGGAUUGAUGUCAAGCUUAAUUUUUAUAUUGAUAAAUAAAUUUAUUCUAACUAGCAGCAAUCCAUUGUUUAGAGGACUAUUGGCAUUGCCCUUUUUGUUUGCUGCGACAAUAUUUAUCAAUUUGUUUUCCAUAUUCUAUAGCAGCUCUGAAGUGUUUGGCAUGGAAAACUUGAAGUGGUUUGAAAUACUAGCAAUAUGUAUUGGUUGUGCAAUUCUGAUUGGUAUUUUAACAGCAGUGUUUUUAAAUCCUUGGUUGAAGAAGAGAAUCCUCUAUGAAGGAAGCUUACCAGUAUCACAUCUAUCAGCAUCAUUUAAGAAGAACACAUCUUUUAAUACAACGGAUCAAGUGGAGGUCACAAGUAUGAAGAAAAUUGAGGGUUCUGUUCAUAAUCAAGUCUUUCAAGAUGAAACUUAUCAAGAUGAAGAAACAGAUGAAAAGGCAGUAUCAGUUAAGUUUAAUGAAGAAGAAGUUAAUUCUCUCAAGAAAGAUGAUAAAAUAGAUCUUAUAGCAGAUUCAGAAACUGAUAAUGGUUUGAGAAAAAAACGGUCAGAAUCUGCAGCAUCAAGAUCUAGAUCUGGAUCAGUACGUUCUCGAACCAGAAGUGUCAUCGAGGAUAUAAUGAUGCCAGUUGAUGAAACAGCAAGAUCAAAAAUUCAAGAUGAUCCACACUCUGCCCGCCUCUUUAAAUAUCUCCAGAUUUUAACUGCGUCUUUUGGAGCUUUUGCUCAUGGUGGUAAUGAUGUCAGUAAUGCGAUAGGACCUGUCAUCUCUCUUUGGCUUAUUUACCAAAACGGGGAAGUUGUUUCCAAAGCAUCAACUCCAAUAUGGAUCUUGAUAUACGGCGGAGUUGGAAUCAUUCUAGGCUUGUGUAUAUGGGGACAAAAGGUUAUCAAAACAAUUGGUGAAAAUCUUUCUCCCAUAACACCUAGCAGUGGUUUUGCUAUCGAAAUCGGGUCAGCAUUAACUGUACUUCUGGCAUCAAAUCUUGGUAUACCAGUCUCGACUACGCACUGUAAAGUCGGCUCGGUUGUUUUUGUUGGUCGAGUUCGUGCAAAAGAAGUUGUAGAUUGGUCCUUGUUUGGAAAUAUUGUAUUGUCUUGGGUGGUGACCAUGCCUAUUACUGGUGGAAUUUCUGCUGCUUUGUUUGCUAUACUGCGAGAAAUACUGUAUUAAGAGUUGUGAUGAUGAAGAUUUUUAGAAGAUACAGGAAUACAUAUAGUUUAUAUAAUUGAUUGUUGUAACGAUUAGUUUUAUUUUACAUCAACUUUCGAGUGAUGUUGUCAUGACACAAUGUAUCCAAUUUGCAUUUCAGUUUUAUUUUUUAUUUUUAUAAAAGUUUGUUUUCAGCUUAUAAUUUUAUAGAUUUAUUUACGCAUGUAAUGUAAGGUGUGAAAUAUGUAUGAUUCGAAUAGUAUUAAUUUAUAAUAAUAUAUAUAUAUAUUUUAAUUUUUAGCGAAAAUAACUAGACAAAAUAAUAUAAUCCUAAAAAAUAAACAGUUUUUCCGCACACACUCAACAGCUCUGAAAAUUUCUAUACCGCUACACUGCACGGGCCCAUUCUAGCGUCUCCUCAGCCGAUUCCUGUGCUUCGUUCAGAAUACGUUAGUUUACAUCCCCGCAGACUUACGUCACACAAGUUCAGAAAAUACUUACCAUUUAUUGUAUUGGUGUCUAUUUCUUUCAUUGGUAUUCCUUCGUCCUGUGUGUAUUUGUUUUGCACAACCACUAAUAUUUUACCGAUUUAAAAUCCCAUAAAAAUAAAUUAAUAAAUAAAUAUUUUCAGCGACUUUA